AUGUCCACGGCAAACGUGACCACGACCAUGGUCGCCGCUACGACCACGAUCGGGCACGAGCCAAGCGAGCCCACCGCCCACCACCAGCGUCACUCGCAAGCCGUUUUGUUCGUUGGCUUUGCCCUGCUCCUCGGAGCCAUGUGCCGCUAUACGAUGAAUCGGCUCAAACUCCCAGUGCCAUACACGAUUUUCUUGCCCCCCCUGAUCUUUGAAAGCGCCUUCGCUAUGCGUUGGCAUGUUUUGCGCAACUUACUCGUGCAAAUGUUGAUCCUGGCCGGUCUUGGUGUGAUCAUCAGCAGCGUCCUCACCGCUACAGCCGUGCAUGGCAUCCUACCUUCCUUCUCAUGGGCCAACGCCUUUCUCCUGGGCUCCAUCGUCAGCGCGACUGACCCAGUUGCCGUUGUGGCCCUGCUCAAGUCCCUCGGCGCUUCCCAUAAACUCAGCACGCUCAUCGAGGGCGAGUCGCUUCUCAACGACGGAACCGCUUUGGUGCUCUUCACCGUGUUCUAUGAUAUGAGCCGUGGCGAAGAGGUCGAUGCCGGCGUGUUUGUACGCAUGCUCUUCCAGCUUGCUGCUGGUGGUGUUGCUCUCGGCAUUGCCUGGUCCAUGGUCACCAUCUUCUUGGUCCGUCAAAUCUUCAACGACAAGCUGGCCGAAACCACCCUGAUUGCCAGCUCGAGUUUUCUCGUCUUCUAUGUCGCGGAGCAUUUAUGUCACGUAUCCGGAGUUCUGGCAGUGGUGACAAUGGCCAUUGCUUUUGUCUGGAUUGGCCGGGCUCAGGUCACUCCCGAGGUGCUGUCAAGCCUCGAAUCCUUUUGGCACAUCCUGGCCUACAUUGCCGAAACACUCGUCUUCGUUUUGGCUGGUGUCAUGAUCUCGCAACGCAUUGGCCUCGACCAUUUUAGUGGACGCGACUACGGCAUGCUUCUAGUAUUUUAUCUGCUAAUCACUCUGGUGCGCUCCGUCAUGGUGGCCCUGCUGACCCCGCUUCUCGUCAAAACGGGAUUCGGAUUCGGCUUUCGCCGCGGCCUAGUCUUGAUUCACGGUGGCCUACGCGGCGCUGUUAGUCUCGGCCUGGCACUGAUUGUUGAGUUGGAUCACGACGUGCCCGUGGAUAUUGGCAAGACGGUUCUCUUCUACACUGCGGGCAUCGCAAUGCUGACGCUACUGAUCAACGCCACCACUGCCGGUUGGCUCAUGCGCAAACUCGGCCUCAUGACUGUUGACGUCUCUGAAGUUGAGAGCAUGCGUCGAUGCUGUCAUGAAAUCUCCCAAACGGGAGCCCAGGCCCUGCACACCCUUGCCCGCCACGACAAUGACACCCUGGCUGUCUGCGAUUGGUCUCGUCUCGAGGAGCUACUGCAGCUUCACAGCGCUGAAACCCUUGCUUCACGACUCGCCCGCGCCGACCAACGCUCCUUGGCCAGUUGCGACUGGCUGCGCCUCGAAGAUUCCAUGCCCAAUACCAGCCCCGAGGAUUUGCCUACCCAACUCUCCCGAGAAGUUCCCACACCCCGGAACCAAGCUUACCUCGCGUCCAGUGAUCUGGAGGAUAACAGCCUAGCCCCUGCUAUGCAUGCAGCGGAGCCCGCUCCACAUGCCAAGGGCAGCUGGCUGUCGUACUUUCGCAUUCGACCUGAGCUUCCCGAUGACCCCCACCUCCAACAGUUGCGCCUGCGCUUUUUACAGGGCGUGUCCCAGGCCUACGAGCAUCAGCUGCGCGAUGGUACUCUAAGCCCAGAAGCGUACACCACACUGGAAGCUGCUUGCGAGCUGGCCAAGGAUCGCUCACACAAAUCACUGCGGCUUUGGGCCGACUCGCUGCAGUCUGCUUGCAGCCCAACUCAGCGACUUAACGCCAUUAUCCAAUGGCUGCCCGAUGGCUGCCUCCGCUUCCCCUUUGAGUGGCUCCAAAAGGUUCUCAUGCGCCGUGCCAUUCGAGUGGCUCGCGCUUUUGUCGAAGCUAAUCUAGAUAUCAUGGCCCAGUUCCGGUGUGAGCCAGCCUAUUAUGCUCGCCUCGAAUCCGAAGUCCACGCUAAUCUCACACCAGCACGUGAAUUCCUGGCCAGUGCACAACUCCUUUACCCUUGGCAUGUCAGCCACGUUGUCUCCGUGGCUAGUGCCAUGGUCUUGAUCAAGACCAUGCAGCACGAUCUCGACUCCCUUGGAGCCGCUGGCAACCUGCAGCCCUCUGAAUACGAGGCGGUCCGUGACGAGCUCAUGGCCAUCAAGGGCCGUGUUUUACGCUCUGGCAACCGCUUCCAGCCGCCCAGCCUGGAACAGGUUCUUUUGCACAGCCCGCUUGCUCUUAGUCUUGACACAGACGGGCAACGCACCCUGCUGGCAGCGGUUGAGCGACACUACCUCUCUGAGGGUCAACUGUGCGACGCACAAGGCGACAUAGUCUUCAUUCUUUCUGGUCGUGCUACCUGCAGCCAUCCCGGCAAGGGUAACACCGACUUGCUGGCUGGCAGUUUGUGGGGCGCUUCCAACCUUGUCCAGCUUGCUGAAGGAUUAUCCGCUCCACAGGUCCCGCCCCUGCGAGCCCAAACGGCCUGUCAUGUCGCCACCAUCCCACGCCAGGUCCUGAUGCAGCUGGCGGCUGAGCGUGAGGCAUGUGUGGGUCCCGAUGGCUCGCUCGCUGCCAACUGGUCACUCGCCACCUUGACGGCUUGGCACCGCGACUUGGCCGUACUGGCCAUCGCGGAACUCUACCACCUUGAUGUAUCACACGCCGGACCCUCCUCGCAAGCAGCGUUGACUGAGUCCUUCACCGAUGGCUGCUUUGCGGAGCUCGAACAAGCUCAGCGCACCGUCAGAAAGCUUGCCAUCCAUUGUACCCCACGAGGAAGUGGCACCGCAAUGCAUCCUUACGCUUUACCGGCCCGCCAAUCGGAUGCGCCAGCGGAAGGAGAAGUUGGGCGCCUCUGGUUUGGCUUGGCUCUACCCACUAACGAAACUGAGGCUUAG